GCUGGGAAGGCGGGCCCGCAAUUGGGGUAAACGGGAUCGGGAUGAACUCGGCGGACGGUGAGAAGGCGAGAGGCCGCCCUCGGGAGCAGGCCGACUCCGAGCCGCACGGCGCCAAGAGGCCCGCUUCUCCUAACAAUAAAGGAUGUAGCACAACCUGGGAAUCAGCUGAUUUGGGUGACGAUGAGCGGAAGUUAAAAUUCUUAAGGCUAAUGGGAGCUGGGAAGAAAGAUCAUACUGGACGCCCACAUCCAGGAGACCAUAAGUCAACCUCACUGUUCAGGACAGGUGAUGAAGAUAAGAAAAUAAAUGAGGAACUGGAACAUCAGUUUCAUCAGAGCUUGGACAGUCAGCUAUCAGGAAGGAACAGACGGCACUGUGGAUUAGGCUUCAGUGAGCCAGAAGCACAUGAACCAGAUGUGCAGCAAAUUAGUGCUGCAGAUUCAGCAAUCAACAGCUUGAAUGAUUCUGAAAACAAAGGUCACUCAAAAGAUUCUUCGAACAGCAUGAAAUCUAGCGGUGAGGAGCAUCAGUCAGAAAAUACAGAUGCAAGAAAGCAGGACAUGAAAAGCAGUUAUAAAAUGAUGUUUGUAAAGUCAACUACAAACUAAUUCAAUCCCUUAACAUAAUCUCCUGUUUAUUAUUCUGGAUUGUACAAUUAAAAUGCAUUUUUACUGACCCUCGAUCGCAUUGGGUUUAAUUUCCAAUUCGUGAUACAUGAUGUAAUCUCUUACCUAUAUAAUUGUGUUCUACUUCGUAAGUUCAAGUCUUUUUUGCGACCCUCAUUUUUUUUCACUUUGUUUUUAUUGUUACCUGUUUUCCAAAGUUUUCUGCUUAUUUUGAGUUCCAAGUAUAUAACGUUUAAAUGGAGACAAGAUACUUCUUAUGACUAAUUUAUAAAUGCAUAUCAUUUGUGCAGUUUUUUAGUGAGUAAUGUCCAAGACAUGGAAGUUAAUCCAAUUUAAACAGUGAGGACUAAAUGAAACUCAAAAUUUUUAUCUGUUGAUAUAUUGUAUAUAAAUUAAACUUGGGGGCGGGGGGUAUCAGUUACAGGUUUUGCUAUUGUCAUCACAUUUGCUCUAAAGGAAGGAGUUUUUGGCAUAUAUAAAUAUUGGAUCAUUGUCAGGUGGUUGCAGUUUGACUGAGAAAUUCCUAUACAAAACAGUUUUAUAGAAUCAAAUACCUCUAUAUAUCAGAAGUUUUUUUUCUCUUUACUGUUAUAAAUGUUCAAACUGUUUAAUCUUGACUAGUGGAAAAACUGUUUUCUAUGAUUCUGGAAUUGAAACAUUGUAACAGGCUUCUAUUUGUGGCACCAGAUAUAAUCCUCCAAAAUGGCUGUUGUUAGAGCCAGGAACUUGUGGUGUAAAAGCUGGUAGCAUGCAGCCAGUGUUACUAAAACAGUGGGCAGCUUUUACAUUCAUAGGAUUGCUUUGACCUUCUAUUUGAUUGGGUUGGUAAAUGAUUCACAUUUCAUUGCAAUAUUUCUGAUCACUUCGUAGCUAUUUGUUGAAGUAACUAGCGCAUUGGGCAAUACAAUUUGUUACUCUGUAUUUCCCUGACUGUAAAGUAGUAGUGAUUGUGAAACUCAGCAUUUUCUGUCAUUAGAGGUUGGUACAGAUGAAAGAACCGAGUGCACACAUGAAGUUAAAAGUAGAAUCUGCUGUCACGAUUGUGCAUUUCUCCAUACUCAAAGUUGUCCCUAAACUGCUAUUUGUUGAAAGUCUACAAACUAAUGAGACCGUUUGUUUUAGUUUCAUAGUCUUGCUGCAAAGUCCUUCAGCAACUGCACUUUGUUGAAUGAGAUUGCAUAGGUUUAAAUAGUGUACUAAGUUCAUAACUCCUGCUGAAUGGCCUUACUGGUCCUGAGUAAUUUUGAAUGUCAAAUUUCUUCCACAAAGGUCAGAAAUGCCACAGUUUUAAUAUUUUCUUCUUAAUUGCAUGUGCAUGUCCUGAUCAUGUGCUUUAUUAUCUUGUAUUAAAAAAAUAAAACUACA